AUGGUAUUCAGAGACAGACUGCUGCUCGACAGACAGACUGGAGAUCUCACCAUCACAAACAUCAAUAAUGAACACACUGGAGUUUAUGAACUAAAUGAUAAUGUUGCAAAUAAGGUCUUAAAAUUCAUUGUCACUGUUUAUGCUCCUGUGCCUGUUCCUGUCAUCACCAGAUACUCUCCUCAGUGUUCAUCAUCAUCAUCAUCACCAUCAUCAUCAUCAGAGUUGAAAAGUGUGCUGUUGUGUUCAGUGGUGAAUGUGAGUCACGUGACUCUCUCCUGGUACAAAGGAAACAGUUUAUUGUCCAGCAUCAAUGAGUCUGAUUUCAGGAUCAGUCUCUCUCUUCCUCUGGAGGUGGAAUAUCAGGAUAUAAACACCUACAGCUGUGUGAUUAACAAUCCUGUCAGCAACCAGACCACACAUCUGGACAUCGAUCAACUCUGUCAGACAUGUUCAGACUGUGACUACUACUGGAGUCUAACGGCUGAAGCUGUGAUCCGAUUGGUCGUCUCUGCUGUGGUGGGAGUGGCUGCUGUUGCUGCUGUUGUUGUGGAGAAAGUGCUGUACAGUUACUCCCCCCAUCUAAAAUUCCUGCUGGCCUGA